ACAACCACUAGGAAGAACUUUGUGGUUAGUGCCUGCAGCUAUCCAAAGGGCCUGACCACACAUUGUCCAGAUGUCAACAUCUCAGAGGACAUGGGCUCCAGGAGGUGAGGAAGAAAGUCUAGGCCCAGAAUGUCUUCAUCCUGGGCUAAACUUUCAUAGCCCCUGGGCAGAGAUAAGACAUCCUGGGCUUGGAUUUAGGCUAGAAUUGAAUGGUUUCUACUCCUACUGGAAGGCAAAAGUGGAAACUGAAUGGUUGUAUCCUGAAAAUCAGUUAUUUACAGGAAUAGAAACUGAAACCUUACCCCACCAAUGUUCCCCUCCUUGUGGAGCUGAGGCAGGCAACCAGACUGAAAUCUACAAACAACCGAGCAGUGAGCAGGGGCAGCACAAUAACUCUACUGUGAAUUGAAGAAAGAAAACCCAGGAAGACUGAACUCUCCUUUUUAGCUCCUCUCCUCUCCUUCUCUAUUGGUUCUUCCUCAGAAGAAUCCAGCUCUCCAUAAGUGACUUCUGCCCUCUGGAGCCACCUGAGAGUGGCAAUUGCCUCUGCCUGAGGACAGCAACCUUUCCCAAGGGAGGCAGCGAUAUCCCAGGAGAACUUCUGACAUCUCCUCACAGCCACCUCUCUGCAGCAGGUGGCUCCACUACUCACAAAUAUGGCAAAAGCCCCAAUGUCCUGUUACACUCCAUUGUCUACAUCCUUCACUUCUGUUGUGUCAUACCAUACAGGCUGGAACAUUUUAACUGAAGAGAUGAGGAGAAAUAUUGAGAAGUCCUUGAAAGAAGGAAAGCUGUUGGAAGUGGUCUCUGUGUUCAGGAGGGCUGUAGAGACAGUGUCCAGAAACCAAGUACACAUUGCUGUGACUGGGGAGUCAGGCAAUGGUAUGUCAUCCUUCAUCAAUGCAUUGCGAGUCCUGGGACAUGAGGAGAAGGCCUCAGCUCCUAUUGGGGUGGUGACAACCACCCAGACAAGAGGAAGCUAUUCUUCUUUCCACUUUCCCAAUGUGGUGCUGUGGGACCUGCCUGGCUUGGGGACUACUGCUCAAAGUCUGGAGAACUAUCUGAAUGAGAUGCAAUUCAGCCAAUAUGACCUCUUUAUCAUCAUUGCAUCUGAGCAGUUCAGCAUGAAUCAUGUAAAGCUUGCCAAAGCCAUUCAGGGGAUGGGAAAGAGGUUCUAUGUUGUCUGGACUAAGCUGGACAGGGAUUUCAGCACAAGUGCUCUCUCAAAGGGACAGCUAUUACAGAAUAUCCAAGAGAAUAUCAAGGAAAAUCUUCAGAAGGAGGGUGUGUGGGAACCCCCCAUAUUCCUUGUAUCUAACCUUGACCCUUUAUUGCAUGACUUCCCAAAGCUUAGGAAUACAUUGAAAAUAGACCUCUCUGACAUCAGGUGCCAUGGUCCCUUAGUCAUGCUUUCCCACAUUUGUGAGAAGAUCAUUAAUGAUAAAGUGAACUCCUUGAAGGGGAGAUUAUCCACAGAGCAUGUGGAGGAUAUUCUUGGCAUUAGGGAUGCUGAUGACUUGGGGGAGUGUCUGGAAGCCUACCGAUUGCUCUUUGGUGUGGAUGAUGCAUCACUUCAGCAGGUGGCUCAUAGUAUGGGGACAUGGGCUUUUGACUACAUGACCAUCAUGAAGUCCCAGGAUUUGCACACUCUCUGUGAAGGUGACUGGAAAAUGAAAUUCAUGACUUGCUUAAUCAUGAGGGCAUUUCUAACAGUUUUUAGAUAUAUACCAUUCUUAGGUAAUCCUGUCAUCCACCACUUCAGAUUCAUGAGACAUAGGCGCAUCCUUGAGUUAGUUGCUCAGGACACCAAGAACAUCCUGAUGAAGAUUCUGAAAGAAUGUAUGCUAUCCACCUGAUGUCAAUUUUGGGAAUAGUCUAGCUGGCUCAUUCUUAGGUAGAAUUAACUUGCUUCAGGAUACCAUUCUCAGUUUGAUCUCUCUCCAGUAAGAGAAUCAAGUUAUUUCCACUAGGAAUCAAGAGAUUCAACUGAACACUUUCUAUUUCUUUUUAGGUUUAUAAUUCUUUGAAAGGAGUUAAGAAAAUCACUUAUCUUCCUUUCUCUAAUCCUAAUAUAUUCUUCUUUUGAGGAACAAGUAUUGUUGAAAUCAUUAAUGAAGUUUCCUGGGUUCAGUAUAUAAAAAUUUUGAUAGUAAUUGUUAAUGGUGAUAUAGAUCUAAAUUAAUCUGUUUUUCCACUAAAGCCUUAAAGUUAAUGAGUGAAAAUUGUGGAGUAAACAUUCUACCAGAAACUCCCCAGAAUGUAAAAAGUAUAUGUAUUUUCAGGGGAAAUAGAGAAACUGCAUACUUGAUGUUCAGGGCUAUGUAGCAAUGGAAAUGAAAUCACAUUCUAGGUUGUGUGGAAGCAACCAGACUAGUCUUACAUGUGUUAAUGAAAAAGAAACUCAAGCAAGAUCAGGAUGCUGGCAUCAGAAGAAAUUUUUCAUAUUUUGUAUAAAAUUAACAACUCAAUUUGAAAAACACUUUAAUUCAAUGAGUCAAACAUGAAAAUUUUAAGUAUAGGUGAAAUAUUUAAGAGAUGUUGAGAUGGAAUAAACUUUUCCGACACAGAAUUUUUGGAGGUAAACAUGCAGUCCUAAGUUAUAAUAUGAAUGAGAUGAGACAAAUUGAGUUAUGUGGUACUCAGAGCAAACUAUAAAGGUACAAUGGUAUGAGGAUGGUCUUAGGCCUGAGCCUAAGCAACUCCAUUUUAAAAACUCCAGUUUGAAACCUGCAGUCUCACCAGAUAUGCCUAAUGGAGCCCUCCAGUAUGGCUCUCAGGCACAAACAAGUCAUUUCUCUCCACCCUGAUAAACUCAAGUGAAGCCUCUGGCAGGCUGUCUUUGCCCAAUAAGAGGGAAAAGCGCUGAAUAAGAGAGAAAGGUGAAAAGAUCAGGAUGGGGACCACCAGAUGAGAUGUUUUAACCCCAGGGUAAAUGAUGUCACUGAGAGAUUCAGUGGCAGCAGAUAAGGGGUCAAAAGCCCCCAAAUUUAGUAUAAAUAAUAGAGCAAGUGAACAGAUAUUCAGCCAGCUGACAAUAAUGCUCUCACACUGAGAGCCUGAUAAGGACCUGGACUGACAUCCCAACACUUUUCUUCAUUUGCUGAUCCUCUGCAUUUUCCUCACCACUCUCAAACUCUACAGCCACAUAUUGACCCUGGCGAGAGCCACAACUUCUCCCUAGACCCUCUCCUUAGCUGGCUGUCAGCUCCACCCCAGGAGAAGUCUGCCUUUGUUCCUGACCUGGGUGAGUGUGCAACUGCUGGACUUAAAGCCUAAGACUUGAGACUUUUAAUCUGACACUUGAACUUGGCAUGCAGAGGGAAUGUCUGUCAUUAUCCUGUCAUUUUUAAGUGUGUUUGCAGUGCUUAGAAUUAAUCUAGAAUUGUUAGCUGUGAA